UAAAACCCACGAAGCAGAAACGGAACAACCAGUGCAGUAUUCAUUCAACUGGAGUGCUGAGCAAUACAAAACGAUUGAUUUGUGAAUAAACAUUCGGAUUUACUGAUCGAAAAUGCCGGAGUUAGCGGUAGAAAAGGUCGUCGUUCAUCCCUUGGUGCUUUUGAGCGUUGUGGAUCAUUUUAACAGGAUCGGAAAAGUUGGCAGCCAGAAGCGAGUUGUGGGUGUUCUCCUGGGCUCAUGGCAGAAAAAAGUGCUCGAUGUAUCCAACAGCUUCGCUGUGCCUUUUGAUGAGGAUGACAAGGACGAUUCAGUGUGGUUCCUCGACCAUGACUACCUGGAGAAUAUGUAUGGCAUGUUUAAGAAAGUCAAUGCAAGGGAGCGAAUAGUUGGGUGGUACCACACAGGCCCAAAACUGCACAAGAAUGAUAUUGCCAUAAAUGAACUCAUGAAACAGUACUGCUCUAAUUCGGUUUUAGUCAUUAUUGAUGUGAAACCCAAAGACCUGGGGUUGCCAACUGAAGCUUACAUCUCUGUUGAGGAAGUGCAUGAUGAUGGAACUCCCACAUCAAAGACAUUUGAACAUGUGACCAGUGAGAUUGGAGCUGAGGAGGCAGAGGAAGUGGGUGUGGAGCAUUUGUUAAGGGAUAUCAAGGACACAACAGUUGGCACCUUGUCGCAACGGAUCACCAAUCAGGUGCAUGGCCUUAAAGGGCUCAACUCCAAGCUGUUGGAUAUCAAGAGCUAUCUGGAGAAGGUUGCAACAGGCAAGCUGCCCAUCAAUCACCAGAUCAUUUAUCAGCUACAGGAUGUCUUCAAUCUGCUGCCUGAUGUCAACCUGCAGGAGUUUGUCAAGGCCUUCUACCUCAAAACCAAUGACCAGAUGCUUGUGGUCUAUCUGGCCUCACUUAUCCGCUCUGUCGUGGCUCUCCAUAAUCUCAUCAAUAACAAAAUCGCUAAUCGUGAUGCCGAAAAGAAAGAGGGCCAGGAGAAAGAUGACAGCAAGAAAGAGAAGAAGGAAGAGAAGGAUAAAGAUAAGGACAAAGACAAGGAGAAGGGAGAUGCUACAGCCAAGAAAGAUGACAAAAAGGAAAAGAAAUGAAGCUGAAUUGGCAUGAACUUGGGCUUAUACAAUCCUGGCUGAAUAAGGGAGGAAUUCUGCAUUUCUUCUCUCUUUUUUUGUAACAAUCUGCAGGUUUAAUUGGGCAUUGUAUCUGUCUUUUUUUUAAUUAUAUAUAUAUAUAUAUAUAAGGACUUAUCAUUUUCUGUAUAUGUUCCAGUCCUGAAGAAGGGUGAUUCACCUAUUUACAUCUAAAUUAUAGUAACCUUAUUAGUCCAUCAAAUAUAAAGACAGGUCACCAGUGUU